CUUCGCUCACUCCGUUUUCUGCCCACCACAUCCUACACCUUUCUCUUCCCACCACCUCCUCACAUCAAGAUGAAGUCCUGCGUUGUAGCCGCUGCCUGCGUGGCCGGAGCCCAAGCCUUCGUGGCACCCAGCGCGUUCAACGGCGCCGCCGUCGCCACCCCGGCCAAGUCGUCCUCGGCCAUGAAGAUGUCGUUCGAGUCGGAGAUCGGCGCGCAGCCCCCCCUCGGAUUCUGGGACCCGCUCGGCCUCCUCGAGGACGCCGACCAGGAGCGGUUCGAGCGCCUCCGGUACGUGGAGGUGAAGCACGGGCGCAUCGCUAUGCUCGCCAUCGCCGGUCACCUGACCCAGCAGAACACCCGGCUCCCCGGCAUGCUCUCGAACUCGGCGAACCUGUCGUUCGCGGACAUGCCGAACGGCGUGGCCGCUCUGUCGAAGAUCCCCCCGGCGGGCCUCGCCCAGAUCUUCGCGUUCAUCGGCUUCCUUGAGCUGGCUGUGAUGAAGAACGUGGAGGGCUCGUUCCCCGGAGACUUCACCCUGGGCGGCAACCCGUUCGGGUCCUCGUGGGACGCGAUGUCGGAGGAGACCCAGGCGUCGAAGCGCGCGAUCGACGCGUUCAACGGCGCCGCCGUGGCCACCCCGGCCAAGUCGUCCUCGGCCAUGAAGAUGUCGUUCGAGUCGGAGAUCGGCGCGCAGCCCCCCCUCGGAUUCUGGGACCCGCUCGGCCUCCUCGAGGACGCCGACCAGGAGCGGUUCGAGCGCCUCCGGUACGUGGAGGUGAAGCACGGGCGCAUUGCCAUGCUCGCCAUCGCCGGUCACCUGACCCAGCAGAACACCCGGCUCCCCGGCAUGCUCUCGAACUCGGCGAACCUGUCGUUCGCGGACAUGCCGAACGGCGUGGCCGCUCUGUCGAAGAUCCCCCCGGCGGGCCUCGCCCAGAUCUUCGCGUUCAUCGGCUUCCUUGAGCUGGCUGUGAUGAAGAACGUGGAGGGCUCGUUCCCCGGAGACUUCACCCUGGGCGGCAACCCGUUCGGGUCCUCGUGGGACGCGAUGUCGGAGGAGACCCAGGCAUCGAAGCGCGCGAUCGAGCUGAACAACGGGCGCGCGGCACAGAUGGGCAUCCUGGCUCUGAUGGUGCACGAGGAGCUGAACAACAAGCCGUACGUGAUCAACGACCUCCUUGGCGCGGGAUACACCUUCAACUAAACCACCCACCCACUUUUGCGUUCCCAACGUAGCGAAGCGUUUCCCGUAGGUUUUGACUAGGAAGGACUUGAACUAUCUGUGUUGGUUGAAGCUGGUGUUUUGGUGUGCCGCACGUGCCUCUGUUGCAUCUUAGGUCUCCAAUACGAGUGUCUUCUCUAGUUUUUUCUCGGGGUUAGAAUAGAGAAACAAACGUUUACGCAACCCGUUUUACGAAACGGUUCUGGAGGUCUUGAUUUUUGACUAGACAGCGCGAUAGUUUGGAUGUUGGAAGCAAAACUGCUGUGUUCCUCGGGGUAAUCAAGAUAGGACCGUGGUCAAGCGUAGUCCUUCGCUCCCUCUUUCGUCGUGGAUGCAGGACUCUUGUUUGUGUUUUUUUUUCCUUCCGUGUGGUGUGUUCACGCUUGCGUUCGAUGAUGAUGAGUCGUGAGUGUGUCCCCUCCUACGGGACAAUUUUCCGCGUGAAAGGACUAAAACAUGUAAUUUCCUCAAUUUGUGCACGUCGUUCUGUCAUGUGGCAAAGGAUGCGGGCCAUGGCCACACGCCGUUUGUUGACUCGAAGGAGUACCGCGGCCGUACGGGCCCGCCCUCCCACCUGGAUACAUGAGUCGAACUCAGGAUGUGGAGUGCGUUGUUCAGAGCCAGCCGUGUCUUUGUAGCCUUGACUAGGUGCAAUAUUCACAUACA